GUUUCAUCAUUGUGUUUUCUUCAAUUUUGCUUGAUUUACUUCUUUAUCCCUACCCAUCCUCCUAUUUUCGCCCAUUGUUCAUUCUUUUUUACCCCUCACUCUCUCGCGCAUCCUCUUUUCUCUUUUCCUUUUUUUAUAUUUUUUAAUUUUUAUUUGUUCACCUCACUCGUCCUCAUCUCUUUUUCCCUAUCGUUCUCAUUCUUCUAGUCAUCAGGGUAACAUCUAUAAUACACUAUUCUUAGCCAAAUAACUGUUAAAACAACCAUCGCCUCGUACCCCAUCUUUCCUCUUCUAGUCUCUCUUUUUUUUUCUUUUGUUUACUGCAUCUCAUUUUCAUUAAACUUCAUCCAAAGCACACAUCGGUCGCCCCUUCCUAAGCAUCAUGUCAGUAACACCAAAGCCAAAACCGAAACUUUCGUACAAAGCACAAAGUUAUCCAUCUAUCGAUAAGCCUUUUGAGUGCACGGCCUGCCAGUUGUAUUUUAGGCGUCUUCAUGAUCUGAAACGCCAUGAGCGUCUGCAUACUGGUGAAAGGCCGUAUUGCUGUAACAAUUGCCGUAGGACUUUUGCUCGGCUUGACGCGCUCAAACGACAUCUGAGUGCAGAAUCCAACGUCCAUUGCUCAGAAUGGACUUACCAACCGGGGCUUAUAUCUACUGUCAGCAGGCCUGCAGCGCGACAUCAUAGGAGUGUCUCACUCCCACAUGUGCAGGGAUCAGACGUUCAGACCGCCUUUCAUGACCAGUUUGAUAGUGUGGAACGAACACUCACCACACCUACUCUUAAGGACCGUCCACCGUCUCAUUAUCAUUACCACCACCAUGAGCACUCUUCGCCCGAGUCAACUAUCCAUGGCCACCAUCCUGAGGACAAGCCUAAUGAUUAUUAUCAGGAAAAUGCUACUCCUCACGCCUUCGCUGUUACUGAAGAGCAACGCCGUCAAUGCCUAUCAGUGUGGGAAAUUCACUCAAAAAGAUCAUCUCCGGAGCAUGGCGGACGACUAUCGCCCUCAGACGCGACCAUUGACGAAGAUACAACAGUGAUUGAUCAGCCCAGACCGCGCGCACAUACUUCCUCAUUCGACUCAAUGCAGCUCUCGUCCGCACAUCAGCCGUAUCCACACGCUUAUUCCCGCCAGCAUACACGUUCAUAUUCACAUCAACAAAAUUCAUACUUAGAUCCACACCCUCAACACCCCCUCUCCCUCUUUGAUAGAUCACAACCUCAACAGCGUCACGAGAGCUACCCUGUCUCUCCUUCCAGAUCAACUCUCUCUCCAUCCCCUCCUCCAGGACUAUCACCAUCAAUGUCUGCAUCGUCUUUGUCCAGUCCCACAAAUGUAUGGUCAUAUUCAAGAGGCUAUGAUGGCAAUGAAACGACUGCGCCCAAAAGAAUAGGCAGUAAUGCCUUCAGCCAUUAUGAUAGUCGUUCACAAUUCAAGUCAGAGCCCACAUCGAUCUCAGCACGGAUGAGCAGUAGCGCUUAUCGGGAGCCUUCGCCAUACCAAGAGGAUGAUACCAGUCAGGGGUGUCGUUCACCACGGGAGCUCGAGCAUCGUCAAGGUCCGUCUUCGUUAGCCUUAAUUUUGAACAAUCCACCCGUCAGUAAUUUUACUAUUACUGCUAAUCAGGCCUCUUCUCCGCCUCCCGUCCCAGCAUUAUCAUCGCGGCCAGUGCAGCCUCACUCUUCACACUCGCAAUCUCACCCAUAUUCGCUUCCACAACAGCCACAGCAGCCUCACCAUCGCUAUGUCCAACAAUGUUCAUCUCAACAGGAGCAUGAACACAGUUGUGAUGCGAUGGCUGAGAUCCAAAAAUUGCGCCAGGAACUUCGCUUGGUGACUAUGCGAUGUCAUUCACUUGAAAAGGAAAGAACUCGCCAGACGAAUAUUAACGGUAUUAGCGGCAAUAGCACUGGAAUGAAUGGUGGCGACAGCCGAGAUGAUAGAUCGGUUAUGUCUGUUUGAAAUAG